ACCCCUAAGAGAGGUUCAUCCCAUAUUACGGAUAAUAUAACCGCAUGCUACAUACUGUAGUAGGCACCUAAGCUCCAACUCCGUGGGCUGUCGUCGCAAAUAUAAAUCAUGCGACAGCCUGCAGCUGGCCUGCUCAGUUCUGAAGAAAGAAGACACGAACCGAGAACAAUGAAGCUUUGCGGUGAGGGCGAAAAGAGGACCUUUCGGUUGCGGAAGGGAGCGAAUCGCUGGUGUGACAAAGCCGCGAUCAUAUAUAGGGCAGUAACAGAGGUAAGUAUCGAGCCGUAUAUUCUCUCACGUAACCCGCGGUCUAGAGACUCCUUCUACCCUUCUGUCUAAUGGCGGUAUCGGCGUUUGCUGCUCGCGGAGUCCCUCCGUACCCGAAGUUCAUACCGUAUAUGCGGGGAGUUCUUAUCCUUAUCUCCAUCGUCAUCCUAGGUUUGGCUGCUUACGCGAUAUCCGUGAACGGAGAGGCGCCGAGUGGCCAUUCCUCCGGUGUCCCUGGCUACCUGCUCUUCCUCGUCGUUUUCACGUGGGUUGCUCACGGCAUUCCCAUCAUCCUCGAAGUCAUAGCGCCUAGAUUCUACCAUCGCCUCGGUGUUCUGGUCUUGUACACCCUUAGCGUCCUCUUCUGGCUGAUAGGCUGGGCCUGGAGCGCAUCGUGGGCGUCGUAUGCCCUCUCGCUUGACAACACCGACGAGAAAUGGGCUAACGGGGGUUCCUGGAAAACGUUGGGGUCUGCUCUGGGGGCCUCUGCCGGGUUUGGUGCCGUCACCUGGAUUGUCGCCAUCGUCGAACUCGUCUUCUUCUGCCGCGGCUGCCUUCAGGACCCCGAUUCUAGCCACGUCAAGCACGUCGAGCUAAGAUAAACCCGUGCGGAAAUCACCCCAAGCAUUCCGUCCCGCGCAUACGGUUCGUGCGCCUUCGUCAUAUCGAAUCUCGCGACCGGUAUACGUUAAUAGACGAUCUUGCCGAGUUCGGCCAGGACCAAGAAUCUGGAGGCCGAUCGUGGCGUGACAUCCCGGGAGCCGCGUCUCUCUCCCUUGUCUACCCGAUCAUACUACCACCUACUUAGUAGUAUCUGGUUC